AUGAAUUCAAAUUCAUUAAAAUUAAACUCACCAAUCCAACAAGUCGCUGAUGACGCUAAUUAUUUUCGAAUAACACCAAUUUUGACUACAUCAUCAAAUCCAAUAAACAUAGUGGAAACAAUAAACAAUUAUGAGGCUAGAAAUUUUAAAUAUGGUUGUCUAUUGCUUCUUAUAUCAAUUUCAACUUGGGUAAUUGGACUUGAGUUAGUCAAUUCUGUUUUAAAAAGUGAUGAUUACAAUAAGCCAUGGUUAUUUGCAACAAUUACCGGCUCAUGUUUUAUUAUUAAUUGUAUACCUGAUUUGUUUAUAUUGAAUAAGGUCACACUGGAUGAAGAAUUACAAAUUAGCAAACUGUCUGAUAAUAAUAUUAAAGCAACCGUACAAAUGAGUAAUAAUGAAGUUGUAAAAUUAGCUAUUCAGAUUUCAAUAAUUUACUAUAUGUAUAAUUUAUUAGUAAUGGAAGCUUUACAAUUUACAUCAGCUUCUAAUCAAACAGUUAUUGGAUCAUUAACUUCGGUUUUCACUUUGAUUAUUGGUAUUUGCUUGAAAACUGAAAGAUUUUCUAUUCAAAAAUUAGUUUGUGUUUUCUGCUCAAGCUUUGGGGUAUAUUUGAUAAACUUAGGUGAUCCAUCAUCAAAUAAUGAAAAUAAUGCAGUAUCACCAAAAAAUUCUAAAUUGGGCAACUUCUUAGCAUUAUGUGGGGCUUUAUUAUAUACUUUUUAUUUAUUGAUUAUGAAAUACAAUUGUGGUUCUGGACUUAAACAAACAAAUGAACGAAGAUUAUUUGGAAUUGUUGGAUUAAUCACGAUAAUUUUUGGAUGGCCAACUUUAUACAUUGUUCACUUACUUGGUAUAGAAACUUUUGAAUUUCCUCCACUUGAUAAGAAUAUUUUAGUAUUUGUGUUUAUUAAUGGUAUAUUUUCAGUUAUAUCAGACUAUACAUCGAUUAUAGCAAUGUUAUUAACAAGUCCAUUAGUUGUUUCAUUAACUUUAACAUCAUCCAUUCCCAUUACAAUCUUUAUUGAUUAUUUGAUAUUAUACUUUACAAAUAAAUCUAUGCAAACAACAUUUACUUACAUAUUUGGUAUUGCCUGUAUACUAGUCGCUGUGCUUUUGAUUAAUCUUAAUAUCAAUUUUAAAAAGAAUUUAAUAAAUGAAAUUAUAGAUGAAACUAUUGAACAAGCAAUUAAAGAGGAUGAAACUAUGUCUCCAAUUUUAUCCCCAUUAUUACCCUCUCAAAAUAUGAUACAAGGUAAAUUAGGUGACUUAAAUUCUGAGGAGUGGCAAUUGAAUAGUCAAAACUUAACUUUCAAUAUGAAUCAUCAAGAUACAAGCCAAGAUUUGAUAUUGAUAAAUGGAGGUCAACAUAAAUAUUAUAUAAAACGCAAUUAA